AUGAGCCGAGCUGUUUGGCUCGAUGGCCUCCGGGGCAUCGCGGCGGCCAUUGUGGCGACUGACCACUAUUUCAUGGGCGCCGUGUUGCACGCCGGCUUCAGGUCCUUCUGGGCGGAUCCGCCCGAGGAGAAUCGUAAACUCAUGCAACUGCCUCCCUUUCGCCUGAUCUUCGCUGCGCACGCUAUGGUGCCCUUGUUCUUUGUCAUUUCAGGUUACGCCAUCUCGAUCAACCUCAUCCGACUAAGGACCGCCAAUAACAGUGAGGGCUUCCUUCGCCGGCUGUCUUCGGCGGCCACGCGCCGCGGCUUGCGCAUUUAUCUCCCCGUGUUCUGCAUCACCGUCAUUUCGCAGAUCCUCUUCUUUCUCAAUCUCUUUUCAUGGGUACCUGGAGAUGACAUUGUAUGGGGCCGAAAGCCUUGGACUGCACCAUGGUUCCAUGUUACCUUUGUCCUUUGGACUAUGGCUCUCGAAUUCCGCGGGUCUUGCGUUGUCUACCUCGCUCUCCUGGGUCUGGCAUUUUGGCAGCCGAGGCCUCGACUUUGGCUGCUUGUAGCUUCGAUGGCUUACUGGUUCUACUUUGGGUAUUGGGACGUGGUGGGAUUUCUGGCGGGGUACUGGUUGGCUGAGCUGCACGUCUUGUCCGAGUUGCAGACUGUCAGCACCGAGGCAGAAUACCUAUUCUGGCUCAAACCAUAUAUCCCCGUUCAGGCGCGAUCUGUCAACUUCACCGCCGUCCGAACGUGGGUCAUGUUUGUCGUCGGCAUCUGGUUUCUCUGCUUGAGCGACGACGGUGCUCUCCCGCCGGGAUAUCAGUUCUUACAAAUUGCCGAAUCCUCGCGAUGGGAUGGAAAUUGGGGGACCAUUGACAAGACGUGGAAGACAGUUGGCUCCGUGCUGGUUGUCUCUGCAAUCAGCGCCACAGAAGUACUUCAACGGCCCCUCAACUCCAAGUUCGUACAGUAUUUGGGGAGGAUCUCUUUCUCCUUGUACCUCGUACAUCAAUCCAUUUACCACUUGUUCAGCGACCCUGUCAGGAAUAUGCUUUGGUUCAUAGCCACAGGGGGAACGGAAUCCGAGGUUGGCGCGAGUGAAAACAAAUUUGCAGGCGCAGUCUGUUGGAUUGGGGGCUACAUCAUCCUCUCAACAAUCAACUUGUAUGCGGCAAACUUAUACACGAGAUUCGUCGACGAGCGAUGCAUAAAUAUUGCAAAACGUUUCGACCAAUGGGUCUCCUAG